AUGGCGUCCCAACAACAAGAUGCGACACCAAGCAACCCGAGAGGCAUCCCUACUGCGCCUUUCGUCGACAAGGUCGAGGACUACGUUUCCACCCGCGCUGAUGUCGAGCCUACUUUGCGCAACUUUCAGGAGAUGAUCUCGAAGUACCAGUUCAUGGAGUUGAAUCUCCAGAAACGAAUGGGUGGCCUGAACGAUAAGAUUCCCGAUAUACAGAAGACUUUGGAUUCAGUUCGCUUCUUGAAGCUGAGGAAGGCAAAUGUAAUGCUUGCAUACGAAAUUGACGAAGCCGAAGCUCUGCUCGAGUCUAAGCUCUCAACAGCGAAACUGAGUUUGUCAAAUUGUGAAGAGGAUCUCGACUUUCUGAGAGAGCAAAUUACAACUAUGGAAGUUGCAAUUGCGCGGGGUGUACAACUGGGGAAGUCGUCCAGAAGAGAAAAGACAAGGGAAACGAAGAAAAGGAGCCAGAGAAGGAAGGGGAAGGAGAGAAUGGAGAGCCUGGCGCCUGGGCUGAAAAACCUGACGACUACAUACAUCAUCCCGAGCCAUCUCAUGACAAAGCUUGCGCCCAUCAGCGCUGAAUAG